GGUGGUCUGCCCACUGUAGCUGUGGGGCUCAGUACACAUCUCAGCAUGGGCCUGGAACUCUACAUGGACUUGCUGUCGGCACCUUGCCGUGCUGUCUACAUCUUUGCCAAGAAGAAUGACAUCCCCUUUGAAUUCCAAUUUGUGGAUCUACUAAAAGGUCACCACCAUAGCAAGGAAUACAUCGAAAUCAACCCCCUGAGGAAGCUCCCCAGCCUCAGAGACGGAAAGUUCGUCUUAUCUGAAAGUGUAGCCAUCCUCUUCUACCUAUGCCGCAAGUACAGUGCACCUUCCCACUGGUACCCACCAGACCUGCACAUGCGAGCCCGUGUGGAUGAGUUCAUGGCCUGGCAGCAUACAGCCAUUCAGCUGCCCAUGAACAAGAUACUGUGGAUCAAGUUACUAAUCCCAAUGAUCACAGGUGAGGAGGUUCCUGCUGAGAAGAUGGAGCGUGCAAUGGAGGAGGUGAAGAAAAACCUACAGCAAUUUGAGGAGAAGUUUCUGCAGGACAAGAUGUUCAUCACUGGAGAUCACAUCUCACUGGCUGACUUGGUGGCCCUGGUGGAGAUGAUGCAGCCAAUGGGGGGUAACCACAAUGUCUUCCUCAGCUCCAAGCUUGCGGAAUGGCGAAUGCGGGUGGAGUUAGCCAUCGGUUCUUCCCUCUUCUGGGAGGCUCAUGACCGAUUGGUGAACUUACCAAACUGGGACUCUUCGACGCUGGACCCUAUGAUCAAGAAGAGGAUGUCUGAGUUUCUGCAGAAGUAUAAGUAAUCCCAGAGGCAGUUCAUUCUGCAGGGUCUGGCUGUCUCCACCUUCUGA